CUGGUGUCAAGCGGAUCCAGUGAUUCAUUCAUAGCCGCUGAAGGGGCAGAGGACGGAACAAACCUACACCCACCCCUCCCUCGCAGCGAAGAUGGGAACCAGUGAUUUCAUAGGCGAAUAAAGUCGGUGACCGAGCACCUCGGAUAACGGAAAGGAGCCGCGCUCUCCUAAUGCAUCCAGUUUUCUGUUGGAUAAGGCAGGCGCGCACGCCACGCGCAUGGAUUCUAGAACUGUUGGACACAUUUUCCUCAUGAUUACGAUGAUGAUGAUGAUGUCACCAGAAGCACGUCGCUUCGUUACAGUUGUAAAGUCCGAUUACAACAAGUAAAAGUGCACUGAAAGAGCUGAAAGCACUUCCGAAGGCAGCGGACCAACUGUGCCAGUCAAGCGCAUUUAUGAACUUGCCGAGCCCUUCUUUCGCUCAGCUUCGUUCUCCAUCACUCUGAACGCCUCAUAGUUUGAGAAGAUGGAGUUUGCUAUGGUGGGCGCGGACAGUGGGGGCUGCAACACCCACCUGCCCUAUGGAUAUGCCCAGGCUCGCGCCCGGGAGAGAGAGCGCGAGAGGGAGAGGCAGUCUCGCGCAGCGGCCGCGGCGGCAGCUGAAGCUGGAGCGGUCGGAGAGGGAGGUGGGUCCAUUGGCCAUCCCCACAACCACCCGCAUCAGAGUCGCGCCGCCUCUUCGACGAAUGCCAACAACAGUAGCGCCGGGACCGCCUCGCGCCCCUCCUCCUCCUCCUCCUCCUCCCAACAGCCGCAACAGCAACAGCAGCAGCAGCAACACCACGAGCCACCACAGCAACUUCUCAGAGAGCGAAAAAAGCAAAGAGGCGUCGCGCGCUGGAGACGGAACCGCGCGGCUCUCGGCGGGGAUCUACGCCACUCAGAGUUGGCGCUCCUAGGAUCCGAGGAGGACAUUAUGAUCGAGGAGGAGGAGGAGGCGGAGGGCGAGGAGGAAGAGGAGGACAGGGGAAGCAAGAGGUCCAGUUUUGUCUAUAACAUGGAUGAUGAGGAGGAAACGGUGUCGUUAACGGACAGACGUCCUCAGUCAGGGUAUGAAAACGUUUACAAUGAGUACGGCUGCUGCGAGAGAGUUGUCAUCAACGUGUCGGGCUUAAAGUUUGAAACUCAGCUGAAGACUCUCGCGCAGUUCCCGGACACUCUCCUGGGAGACCCCGAAAAAAGAAGCAGGUACUUCGACCCUCUGCGUAACGAAUACUUCUUUGACAGAAACCGACCGAGCUUCGACGCCAUUCUGUACUUCUAUCAGUCAGGGGGGCGCUUAAAGAGACCCGUCAAUGUGCCGUUUGACAUCUUUUCCGAGGAGGUCAAGUUCUAUGAACUCGGGGAUGAGGCAAUGCUCAAGUUCCGCGAGGAUGAGGGCUUCGUGAAGGAGGAGGAGAAGCCGCUGCCCGAGGACGAGUUCAAGCGUCAGAUCUGGCUGCUCUUCGAGUACCCAGAGAGUUCAAGUCCAGCCAGAGGGAUCGCGGUCGUGUCAGUGCUGGUCAUCGUCAUAUCCAUAGUCAUUUUUUGUUUAGAAACAUUGCCAGAAUUCAGGGACGACAAAGAAUUCCUCAUCCCAGGUAAAAACUCCACGCAGGCAGACAAUGGAUUUACGCCAUUCAACGACCCCUUUUUCAUCGUGGAGACAGUGUGCAUCAUCUGGUUCUCGUUUGAGAUCAUCGUGCGCUUCUUCGCCAGCCCCAGUAAAGCUGAUUUCUUUAAAAACGUUAUGAACACUAUAGACAUCGUCUCUAUUUUGCCUUAUUUCAUAACUCUGGGCACAGAUCUCGCGCAGCAGCAAGGCAACGGGCAACAGGCUAUGAGUUUCGCCAUCCUGAGAAUAAUACGACUCGUCCGGGUGUUCAGGAUCUUCAAACUGUCUCGGCACUCCAAAGGUCUCCAGAUCCUCGGGCACACUUUACGCGCGAGCAUGCGAGAGCUGGCGCUGCUCAUCUUCUUCCUCGUCAUCGGCGUCAUCCUGUUCUCCAGCGCGGUGUACUUCGCAGAGGCGGACGAGCCCUCGUCACAGUUCACCAGCAUCCCAGAUGCGUUCUGGUGGGCUGUGGUGACCAUGACCACGGUGGGCUACGGGGACAUGAAGCCCAUCACGGUCGGGGGCAAAAUCGUGGGCUCGCUGUGCGCCAUCGCCGGUGUCCUGACCAUCGCACUUCCAGUCCCUGUCAUCGUGUCCAACUUCAACUACUUCUACCACCGGGAGACUGAUAACGAGGACCAGGCGCCCGCCGUGGAACAACCCCCGCCGGGCUGCCCCUACUUUCCGGAUUUCCUGAGAAAAUUCAAGGGGUCCCCAUCGGGCUCGUCUUUAGGUGAUAAGGCUGCGGAGUACAUGGAGAUGGAGGAGGGCGUGACGGAAUCUCUGUGCGGGGCUGACACGCAGAGCCCGAGCAGAGGGAACGGUACUGACUUAGGCGGGAAAAACAGUUCACAUUCACGAACCCUACAGACAGAUGUAUGAUUAUGGAAGAACGAUGACCUUUCAUCAAGAUGACUGCACAAAUGAAUCAGUUAACAGCACACACAUGCACAACUUGAAGACACACACAGUACGCGCGUGCGCAGACACACUGUCUCACACACAUUAAGUUCUGGACCUGAGCUGAAACUUUUUUGCAAUGUGGCUGGCUACUUUUGUAGAGAAACAUACCCUGUAAUCACAUGACAGGCAACGCAAAAAUCACCAGCUUUACGUGACGUGGAGAGGUGUCUCUAUCAGCCCACCUGUUCAGUUCAGUUGACAGAACCGAGCGACUCCCGGUUCAUUAAAUGAAGGAACUUGCAUAGGCACUUUAUGAGUUACAUUUGUCAGUAAUUGUAGGAAAAAGAGGCGAGUUCUUAUCUAAUGCUAUUAUGCAAUAACGUUUAAAUCGUUUGCACUAUCAUCAAUUAUGUUCUAGUCUCCCACUUUAAUGCAGAGGAAAGAAAUACUGAGCUAGAGAGAGAGAAAAAAGACCCCAUAACAAUCAUGCUAUGAAUUGCAUUUAUGAUUAAUUCCAAACAAUAGCAAACAUACGCUGUCCACGACCAAUUCAGCUAUUAGAAUUAAUUGGAGAGCAGCAUGUUGCAUAACUUAAGGCUAUGUUAUCUUAAAAAUCCCAUUAUGGCAAACAUGUGUCCGCAUGGCAGUAUUCAGUAUGUACUACACUCUGGUAAAACCUUUUUAGCACACCCUGUGUAGUUAUUUGUGCAUCGUCCAAAGUGACUCAAGAGUCAUUAUAGUCAGUCCCUUUUGUGAGUAUUGAAUACAAAUCAAUCAUGUUCGUUUUUGUUCAAUAGCACAAGAUUCACACCACACUACAGUUCAUCCAUCACUCGAUCUAGGCGUCAUUCUUUCGCAGCAUUUUAACAUACAGAGUCCAAAAUAACCGGUUUGCAUUGUCUCACAAAGUAAAACACCCUGUACAACAGAGUCAACACCGACACCGUGGCUUGAAGGAUCAGUUUGGCCACUGUUUUCAAGUUACUGUCUUGGGAGUUUAUUUCAAGGGGAAUGCUUCAUGCAACUAUCUGUCUUCAUCCCUUUACCAAAUGACAAUGCAUCCCUUUAUUAAAAUGCUGGCGGAAAUCUACAGCACUGAUGGGAACAUGAACUUGGUGGACUUCAUGCACAGCGAAUCCUCAUCUCAAAGGAGUGCACGAUGACCACUGAGCAUGCGCGGUGCAUCGGAAACCCAGUGUUGUGAGUCUUGCCUAUGAGAGACUUUUCCGUCAGCCUUUGGACUCCUACAGAAAGGAAUGGCCAUGAUUGCCUGUCAUCGGAUGGCGAGUUGAACGGGACGGUCCCGUCACAGAAGGUGUCACUGAAGCCACUUGUGUACAUCAGAUUGAGAGUGGACACUGCAGCCUCUCCAACGAGCAGUAAGACAGGUGUCCAUCAUCAAGCCAGGUGUCAAACUGUUUAAGACCCGCCCCAAUAAAUGCCUUAAAGACACAGUACAUCUCUAUGUAGAGGAACCUGCAGCAGGAGACUUCUUAAAAAAAAAAAAAGCUUGACAUGUUUUCAUUUUCCUCUUUAUGAGUGAAUCAGUGUCUUGCAACAGAUGUGAAUAUUUUCUUAUAAUAGAGAAAUGUUUGUUUGGGUGUAAUAUUGCCACUUGUUUUGAUUGGUUUCUUUCAAUGUUUUUUUGUUUUGUUUGUUUGGUGGUAGGCCUGAUGAAAGCUGUUAAAUAUACGUGAAGGGAAAGUCUACUGUAUGUCGGUGGCAGCCUCUUCCAUCUAGUUUUUUCUCUUUUCAUUUCCUAAACCAAAAGACUGCCAGCUGGAAUGGAGAAAUUCAGCGGCAGUGCUCAAUGAUGUCAGUCUGGACGGGUCACACUUUUACUGUAUGAAUGCAGGGUCAAAUCACAUACCCCUCAGACACAUUGUUUUCACUCAAAUCUCCAACAAUCAAACUGCUUUUAGAUUAGAGUGGCAAUAUACAUUUCAUCAAAACCUUAAGGGUUUUUAAGGACAGUUCUCUCCAAAAAUUAGAACAUUCUGUCAAUAUUUGCUUUUCCAAACAUGUAUGACUUUCUCUCUUUUGCAAAGAGUCUGGUUUUUAUGCCCAGUUUAUAAACUAACUGAUGACUUGAUCAAACUGCAGUGGCAUUGAUCUUAUUCAGCUCAAUCUAAAUUAAAUUUUAAUUGAAUUGAAAGAGAUGGUUUGGACCUUGAAUAAUCCAAUCAACAUGAACAAAUAAGCAUAGAAAUGCUUGAAUUCAAAUAUUUUCUCAUACAAGCAUGCUCGUUUAUUACAAUUUCACAUCUUAUGAACCGGUUAGGGGAAGAGAAAAUAUAUUGUUAAAGCUCAUGACUUACGUCAACUUUUUAAAAGUGUUAAGUGCCAAAACUUGUCUUACACAGCUAGUGAUAAUCAAAGAUAAUUAGUGUAAACAAGUGAAACUAACAUACACCUAUACCUACUAUUCCUAUACCUACAAAUCUGUUUGUAAAAUUGUAAUUUCAGUAUGUGUUACAGCAGUGGGGAGAUGCGUGGACAUAAAUAUUUUAACAUAGUUUUUUUUUAAAUUAAAACUAAAAUAAAAGUUUAUGAUACAAUAAUUUGAAUCAGUAACUGGAGACUUGCUGUGACCGUGAGUUCAGUGAGUUGUUCAUUUGAGAAAAGAUGCAAAGGAUCAGUCCGAUUCAUGAACGAAUCAUUUAGUAUGAUUUGAGAAUCAGUUUAAAAGAUUAACUGCAAAGAAUCAGCUUGUUUACCAAUUGCCAUAAAUGUUCUUAAGCACAGUAACAGUAAAUACACUUUUGCUGUCCUGUGGUGCUUUUCCCAAACAACCACAUAACUUGUGGCUGAAGUACAAAAGCACGUUGCAUCAUUUGUGAAAAGAGCGACUGUUGACGAGUGUUCCCCAAAACUGUAGUUUCUCUGUCGCAGAUCCAUCGUUAAAACCCCGUUAAUUAUAGCGUAAAACAACCAUAAUGAUGCUCUAAAUGGGGUGGAGUAAAAACCUCAUAAAAUCCCCAUAACCUUUUUGUGCAAAUAGUUUUACACGCACACAUCUACAACAAAAAAAUCCAAUAUUAGUUUUAGUAAAAACAUGCACUCGUUUUCCAUAUUAAUUGAAUUAUAUGUACAUAUAGGCCCAGUGGUUCCUUUACAAAUAUUUUUGAGAAUAUUCUAUUCUAAAACAUAAAACCACUUUCAAAAAGCCAACAUAUAUUCUAAUCUCAUAUAUAAAUCA